UUGUGCUGGUUGCUCACCACCCGUUGCCGUUGAAGUGUCAUAGGCGUGAAUGAAUAGUCGCGCAGUCUCACGUGGUGUGUAGCCAUUUAUAGGGAUCCCGUGGAGCUCGAACACGACACGUCCCUCCGGCCCGAAACUCCUGCCGCGCAUGGCGGGCACUGCCAAAGCCACCUCGCCGCUGCUCGAUACGCGCCCCGAGUCGUACGGAGACCAGAGCAGCAGCAGCAGCAGCGACAGCAGUAACAGUGACAGCGACAGCAUGGCGAUGGCCUCCUCCCCCGCGGACGCAGUGGACGUGGACAUGGAAGAUCUGGACCUGGCGGCUCGCGCCCCACGGGCCGGGUUCGUGACGGCCCCCGCGGCCGAGCUGGAGCGCGUGGAGCUGCUGCAGCAGGCGGAGCCCGUUCAGCAGGCCCUGUUCGGCUUCGGCUGCGUGCUGUCGGGCGGAGUGUUGGCCAUUCUGGCGUCGUGGAAGCCCAAGUGGAAGGUCAAGAUGCUGCGGAGACAAGCUCCAGAGACGAUGGACGCCACCUCGGUGCUCGUGGUGCACACGGUGUCGUGGAUGAGCGGCAAGAACAAGAAGAAGAUGAAGAGGUUCUACGAAGAGUGUGCGCUGCUGCAGCCCGUGGACAGCCCGCCGUGGUUCGAGUUCAGGAAGAGUCGCUACGUGGUGGAUGAGAGGGAGGUGCUGGGCUUCUCGAGGCUGGAGAACGCGCUCGACGAGAAGUUGGGCUCAGCACAGCGAAGAUGCCUAGAGGGCAGUGGAUGGUCCACCUCCCAGGUUGAAGGGCUCACGGGGGUGCACGGAGCUAAUGAGCUGGCGUUGAAGGCUCAGACGUGGCCGAUGGUGCUGCUGAGGAAGGUGUCGCACCCGUUUUACGUGUUUCAAUUCUUCAGUGGAGUCAUUUGGCUGAGCGAAGGCUACGAGGCGUAUGCCAUCAUUAUCCUGGCCCUCUCGGUGCUGUCGAUCGUAUGGGAAGUGCAUGAGCUCGUGACGAAUGAUAAGAAGCUGCACUCGAGGCUGGCACACGCAGAGCACAGUAUUGCUAAUGGCAUUCGAGUGAUCCGAGACUCAAGAGAGAAGCGAGUGAGCCCUGCAGAUCUGGUUGUUGGAGACGUCGUGGUGAUCGAUGAAGGGGUGAUUCCAGCGGAUAUCGCACUGCUUUCCGGGCAUUGUAUGGCAGACGAAGCGACACUAACGGGUGAAGCAAUCCCCGUCACGAAGCAAGCACUAGCAGCAACUGAUGCUGGAUUCGCUGUGAAUGCAAAGCUGAAGACCACUCAUCGUGAAAGUGUACUCUUUGCUGGUUCGACGGUGUUGGAACUAGCGCAUUCGAGCUCUACGCAGGGAAGUCGAGACGAGUCGAAGGCGUCAACACGAGGUGUGGUGCUCAGUGCAGGAUUCUCCACGUCGAAGGGGGAACUCUUCCGCAGCAUCUUGUUCCCGACACCCCUGCAGCUCGCAAAGCGUCUCGAGAGCGACAGUUAUCGCUUCAUGGGCGCUCUCUCUAUUCUGGCCCUCAUCUUGUUUCUGGUCCGUUUGAACAGGGCGGCCCAUAAUGAUGAAGUGACGUUCGGUGAAGCGAUUUUGUCUGACUUAGAUUUGAUCACGAUCGCAGUUCCGCCGGCGCUUCCUGUGGUAUUGACUGCAGGCGUUGGCUUCGCGCUUUCUCGUCUCGAAAGCCAGGCUGAUGUGGCCUGCAUCGAUGCAGCUCGUGUGAACAUAGCUGGCCACGUUGACUGCUUUUGCUUCGACAAGACUGGUACGCUUUCUAGCGAUCACCUCGACUUCCAUGGUGUGGACGAGUGCUCAGCAGCAGCUCCCGGUGCAGCACCAAGCCAGAAACAACAACCGGGUUUCCAUGGACUGCAGCGUGAGGUGGAGGUGCUAUCUCCCCCCACUAUAAUCGGUUUGGCCACAUGUCAUGGUCUGACAGAGCGCUCGGGUCAAGUCGAAGGCUAUGCUCUCGAGAAGGACAUGUUCCGUGCGACGGGCUACUCGUUGGAACCCGAGACAUCGCAAAACACAGUGGUCGCUGGCCAGUUUGCCGCACUGGUCGCCUCGCCUAUAGGGAAGUUAUUCGGCGUUGUGGCUCGCUUUCCGUUCGACGCAGCUCGUCAGAGGUCCUCGGUGGUCGUGGAGGAUAUCGACAGCGGCAACCGCUACGCUUACGUCAAGGGAUCUCCUGAAGCCAUUCGCAAGAUCUGCACGCCGAAUACUCUCCCCAGCAACUACGUCGCGCGCGCUCGUUCUUACGCACACCAAGGGUUCUACGUUGUGGCUCUGGCGACCAAGACGUUCGCUCCAGCCGCCGUGUCUCCGAAGUCCGAGGCUUCACAGCCUGUGGCUCGAGAUGCCGUGGAGAGCUCGCUCGGGUUCCUAGGCUUUAUGCUCUUUGUCAACCAAGUGAAACCCGAGGCUCCUUACGUCGUGGGCGCUUUGGAGGAAGCUGGCGUCGAUGUUCGCAUUAUCACAGGCGACGACGCACUCACGGCGAUCCACGUUUCGCGCAAGAUCAAUAUGGAUAUGCAGCCAUCGGUUCUUCUGGUCGACGCGCAACGCCAGGAUGAAAGUGACGGCAACUCUGAAUUGGUCGUGGUCUAUACUGACGUAGAUGAGUUGGCUCAGAGCACUCGUGAAGGAACUUCUGGUAGCAACUCGGAAGGCGCCUGGAUGCCAGUUGAUAGACACAGCUUCCUGUCGCUGGCUGAAGGCAGCUCGUUGGCAGUGACAGGCGCUGCAAUUGAGCGGCUUCUUGCCCGUUCGAGUGAAGAAGACGAAGCGGAUAGACCCACCGAGGAUUCAGCGAUAGCGCCUCCAACAAUGUCCCUGGUCGAUUUUGCGGAGGAGCUGGUGGGGCGAACCAAGGUGUUUGCACGUGUGAGGCCGCACCAGAAGACUUGGAUUGUGGAGACGCUCAUGACUCGCCACGGCGCUUGCGUGGCCAUGUGUGGCGACGGCGCCAAUGAUUGCGGUGCACUCAAGGCAGCCCAUGUUGGCUUAGCUCUUUCGAAGGACGAUGCAGCGCUGGUGGCUCCGUUCACGAGUCGCUCCCUCCGUGUCAGCGACGCCGUGGAGCUGUUGCGUGAAGGUCGAGGCGCACUCAGUGCAGCUUUCGUCGCCUUCAGGUACAUGGUGGUGUACGCGGUUGUACAAGUGACGCUGUCUGCAACUAUGAACAAUUUGCAUUCCCAGAUGAGCGGCAUGCAGUUCCUCUUCGAUGACUUGGUGGUGGUUUUCAUCCUGUCACUUUUGAUGGUACGAACUCCCGCGGCGCCACAACUCGGAUCAUCAGCCGUAGCUCCAUUCAACCGCAUGCCGCCGAGGACGCUGUUCGCUGCUGAGAUCCUGUUAUCCCUGCUGGGUCAGCUCGCCAUUUUCCUGGGCUGUGUCUACAUUGCACUGGCCGCAGCCGAGGCUCGACCGUGGUUCUGCUCGGCUGAGAAGGCUCUGGAGCUCACUAGAGCAGCAUCCGACGGUGGUGAGAGCGACCCGGACGUCGUGGAAGCUCCAUGUUACGUGUUCGUCCCCGGCGUGCCUGCAGACCUCACUUCGCACUCGUACGAGAACAGCGUUUUGUGGCGCUUCGGGCACCUGCAGUACUGGAUUGCUGCGGUCGCACUCAACGCCCGCGAUGCCUAUCGAGCGCCUGUGCUACGUGGGAACCGCGCGUUCGUGGCGUACGCGUUCGUUCUGCUGAUCAUUCUGCUGGUCCAGCUUCUUGGUGACAACGGGAACGUGGAGGAUAACGACACUUCGACUUCUGCGGCGGUGGCAAAGGCACUGAAGGAGCGUGGCGUGGACGUGAGCUUGGGCGCUUUGGAGCUGCCUGUGGGCUUUGCGUGGUCGCUCUUCUCUUUGUUCCUCUUCGACGCCGGCUGCGUCUUGAGCUGGGAGAUUUUGGUCGUGGGCUUGGUGCUGCCUCGCUUCCAGAUGCAACACCGAGGCAGCUUCCGGAAUCGCAAGGACACGUUCGGCGGCUGGAGGUCCUUCUUUGGCGGCAGUCGCGACGCCGACAAGCAGAGUCUGGUAUCCCCGUACGCCAACGAACGCAAUGGACUGCUGGCAGACAAAGACGACAAACCGGAAGGUGGGAAGCCAGUCAAAGUGACCAAGCAGUCUCUGCAGCCCAUCGGUGGUGCGGUAGGCAGCGACGACGACGAAGAGGAAGACGUGUUAGACGUGCAGCCACCUGAGAUCGUCUAGAAAAUCGGCAGACCACAACCUAAGACCUCUAUACUAUCUUUUUGCGUGUGCUUCUUGUGUGUGUAUUAUACCAUGCCACGACAUGGAAGCUUCGAGCUGAGGAGGUUUUUCCCUCCGCAUGGCUAGAAAACACCCACCAAAACGAUAAGCCAACGUGCACGAUUGCAAUGUUACGGGUUGAUGUCUCGCUUACCGCAAAAGCCCUCUAUCACGCCAAUUUCUGCUGGGCGCAGCAAUACACAUAACAUACUUCCUCCCCUCUAUCAUCUGUCUCCCUGGCUAACAUCGAUCUACCUACCACGCCUUCACUUGCUCGGCGAACUUCCGGCGUUCCGCGAGGUGGUUGAUGUGCGACUCCUCGAACCUGCCGACCGUGAUGUUGAACGGGCACUCCUGAGGCCGCUUGCCAAAGGCACCGGGGUAGUGCGCCCACGGCCGCGCCUUCAUAUAAUACACAGGCUCCACGUCCGGCUUGAAGUACAGGAUCCUGUCACUAUUGAGGUAGAACAGAGGCACGUUGUCGUCAGGCACGCCGUCUUGGUGGAUCGGGAACACUUGCGCCAUAUCGCCACACAGCGUCGACUUCUUGGGUCCAUAGUCCUCAACCUUGGUACCCACUGCUCCGAUCGCGUGGUCGGAGAAAGAGUACAGAGUCUCAGCCAGCUCGUUUGCGUAGAAGAAGAGCUCCUUGUCGCCAUACGAAGGAGGCGAAGCGAUAUCGUUUUGAGCGACGAAUGAAGCCAGGAUUGCCGUUGCACGAGGCUGGCGCUUCUUGUUCCACAUCACAAGCGACGAGUCCACUUGGUGUCCUGAACGAAGGUUGAACGAGUGGCUACUC